AUGGGCUACACCCUAUUCGUCGCAAACAAGAACUACUCAUCAUGGUCCAUGCGACCAUGGGUCCUAAUGCGAGCCUUUGACAUCCCAUUUGAGGAGAAGGUCUACAUGUUCGAACAGACCGAAGUGCAAGAGGCAUUCAGCGAUUUCUCCCCCAGCGGCAAGGUGCCUUGCUUGCACGAUUCAAGCGUCGGGAAGAAGGGGCUCGCUGUCUGGGACAGCCUUGCAAUCAUCGAGUAUCUCGCUGAACGAGAACCAGAGAAGGGCAUCUGGCCAACCGAGGUGGUGAGCCGUUCAUUUGCCCGAUGCGCCGCUGCCGAGAUGCAUUCCGGCUUCAAUGCCAUUCGCAACGAGAUGGGAAUGAAUGUUGGCAUCCGUGUUGAGCUGGGCGAGCCGAGCAAGGCGCUAAAGAGAGAUCUCGAGAGGCUGGAUGCGCUGUGGACCGAGGGCCUCACCAAGUUCGGUGGACCGUGGCUUGCUGGCGACAAGUUCUCGGCUGCAGAUGCAUUCUUUGCGCCUGUUGCAACCCGUCUGCAGACCUAUGGAGUGAACCUUAGUGAAUUAUCGAUGACCUAUGCGAAGAAGUUACUGGAGAUGCCUGCAUCAAGGGAAUGGAUUGAGGCGGGCACCCAAGAGACAUGGCGGGAUCCGGGACACGAUGAGGAGGCUCUGAUGGGAGGCAGGAAGCUGCUGGCUGAUUACCGAAAAAAGGCAUGA